AUGUACGGGACCUGCGCAAAGAAGCAACUUGUAGACGAGCGGCACGCUGGGCAUAAACCGAAAUCACCGGAUUUUGUCCAGUCUACAGGAAUGCCACUGACGUAUGCGACUGUUUUCGAGUCUUUAUUAGACCGCCUUGGUAUCCAGAAAGUGGAGCGUGCUACUGUAGUAUUCUUAUCAUCACCGAAAGCGGCGGCAUGGGCGGUCUCAAUUGCAUCUCAGGUUACGCGGCAUUCGCCUAAGCUACCAGUUGCUAUCACGACAGCUUCAAGAAAAGAGGCUUCGGAUGUCUCUAAGAAGAUGGGUGUGACGCAUGCCAUCAAUCACCGACAUGAUAUAGUGAAGCAGAUCGAAGACUUAAGCCUGUCGUAG